GGGGGGAGGGGCGGGGUGGGCAACAAGAUAAUUAAUCAGCCAUGGGGAAGGAUGAGUGCAAAACAAUGCUGGACGCUUUGAACAAAGUGACCGCCUGCUACAGGCAUUUGGUCAUCGCUCUGGGAAGCACGUCGGACUCGCAGAACCUGCGAGAGGAGCUGAAGAGGACCCGCAAAAAGGCCCAGGAGCUGGCCGUGGCCAACAGGACUAAACUGACCUCUCUACUCAAAGACAAAAGCAUCAGCAAAGACGAUCGAGCCGAGUACGAGCGGCUAUGGGUGCUGUUCUCGAGCAGCAUGGAGCUCCUGGAGGUGGACAUGAAAAGGUCCCUGGAGAUAGGGCAGGAUUUCCCCAUCAAGGUACCCACGAGACACCUGAUCCAGACGGGCAUGACCGGCAGCACCACCACCGUGGCGGCCCGGGCCAUGAGCGUGCAGAACAUGAAGUACGAGGCGGACAGCAACAUCGACACGGCGGACCUCCGGGACCUGCAGUCCGAGAUCACCCAGAUGAGCCAGAUGAUGGAGGAGAUGGAGAUGAAGGUGCAGGUGGCGCCGUGGGCCGUCGAGGCCAAACAGGAGGCGGGCGCCGAGCUCAAGUCCAACAUGAGUGUAGGAAAUUCCUCCGUGGGCGUCAUCUCCAUCUGCGAAGAGGAGCCCAAAGAGGAGGACGGGGGAGGCGGCAGGGACGCUGGCUUCGCGUCGAUUUGUGCCGUGCUCGUAUUCUUUGUCAUCGUCACGGUCGCUCUGGUUCUUGGAUAUUUGGUCAUCAAUAUGUCCUGAGCCGUCAAACACCCGGAUGGACACAUCGGCGCGUCUGCCCACGAGCGCGUCACCGCGGUAAUGAGAGCCGGCAGCUCCACCAGAGAGAAAAGAGCCGUUUACAGAAUAAGUCAUAUUUAUAGAUAUGGGACAGGCGAAGUAAUCGAUCUUUCACGCAUUUGUGAAUGUAUGAAGAGUUGCACUAGUUAUGAUGUAGAACAUAUAGAAUGGACGUCGCGGGUGCAAUUUGAGGAUAAGUAUUAUCAGGGGCCAUGGGGUUUGUGUAUUUUUGGAAGAGGAAAAAAAAAAAAAGCCAUGAAAUUACGUGACAGUGUCUGGCCGUCAGCAUGAUGAUUAACAACACGUAAUCCAAGUGGAUUAGUGGAAAAGCUCAAGCAUCAAUGUAGCCCACUGAUUAGUAUUCCUCUUGAUGUUUGGCUACAUUGAUGCUUUGCAUUUAAGAAUUGAAAAGGGCAGUCAGACGUAGCAGGGGACCGUCAGAGAAGUAGGGUCAUGUUGCAUGAGAAAGCGAGCAGAUCCGGCUGGAUGUGAUCAAAUUCGCACUGUUCCACCCUCCUGUUAGCACACAUUUAACACAUUAUAACAUAUGUAUAGCCAGAUUGUCGUAAUCCUAUUUACUUCAUAAUAUCAAAUUACAACGUGCUUCUUUGAAGAGCCUUGUGGAUCUAAGAGAAGUCCACAGUAUUUUAAUAAUGCACUGCAAGCAUGCUUAUGUUCCUUUUCAGGAGAUUUCUGCAAACAGUGUUCAAUGUAUUACAACAUGUGAAUAGAGGGUUUGUUUAUACAGACUGCUGUCUCAGAUAAUGUACAGUAUAUUUAUUAUAAUAAAAUGUUGAAACACACUAGAAAAUGUGCUCGCAGUUUGAAGAAAUUGCUCCCCGGUGUUUCACAGGCAACUUCAAGCCAGAUUUGGGCACACUUGCAAGAAUUUAACUCCAGAUAUAUGUCAUGUGUAGUGAUUUGAGGUGUAUUGAGUUUAAACUGGACUAUAGAUAUUAUGAAGAAUAACUUCAGAGGUAUUUUGAGCGACCUGAGACAUGCACCACCUACAGUUUAAAGUGCAGUUCUAUUUAAAAUGGCUCUGUGAGAAGAAAAUAGGCUUUCACACUAAUGGUUUUAGUUGUAAGAGUCUUUGAAGGUAUUCCUGGAUCUGUUUAACUGAAAUUGGAUGCUGUCAGAGCCUAAGCUUAUCACUUUAGUUCAAGGGGCUGAAAUGGGACAUUUGUCCCACUGUCAGACAGAAUUACGACAGAAGUAUAUAAUGCAAUCAAAGAUUAAGAAAAAAACAACAACAUGAUAUACUGACAUUGGCUAUUUAGCUAUGAUUUUAUGAUAUAUAAGAAGAAAAAA